AUGUCCGGCCCAUCACGGUCAUCCUCGGCCUCCCGGGCUUCACGCUACAGGGAACCAACAGACCCACCCUCGCCCAAUAUACCCGAUGAAGGCUACUACGAGCAACGAACAGAGGUGCCCAAGUGGGCCUUGCAGCUCAGUGAGGAACAACGAGCUGAGCUGGCGAUUCAGUUGCUGCAGUCUGUUUCGCCCAUGGUGUUCUCACGAGCCUAUGCUCGACUCACUCCUUUGCUCCAACACCGUGACUUCUUGGCAGAGUUACCUUACGAACUCACAGUCCAUCUCCUCUCAUAUCUCGAUGAAAGGUCGCUAAUGAAUGUUGCCCUCGUCUCAAAGGAAUGGAACCGAUUCGCAUCAGAUAACGCUGUCUGGAAGGGGAUCUAUAUCCGACAUGGAUGGGCGGUCAACCAGGAUAUGAUCGAUUGGUAUCUCAAGGGAUCAGAACUGGAGAUGGCAUCGAUAGCCCUUGAGCGAGAGCAGGAACAGGAGCACGAGGACAGGGUCAUCUUUGCCGCAAGGUCUGCAGUGAGCAACGGCAAACGCCGUAAAGUGGUGGAUAUCGACCCCAAGGAUGAUGCUGCAGAGCGCAGUGGUGACGACUAUGACAUGCUGCAAGAUAUUACAACACCGUAUGAGCGAUACCCAGAGGAAGAAGGCGACCGCAAGUUGCACCGAUUCUCGCCAACGCAGUUUGAUCCUGAGCACCAAACAGAUAUUGACGCCAUUGAGACCCUGACACAUGCACCAUCAGAUCCCCCCACCAUCGCCUAUCCGGAUCCCGAACCCCCUAACGACAAUCUCUUCUCCUACGUCGACAUCUUCCAGGUCGUCAAGAUUCUUUGGACACCAGAGGAGCGGUUCAGCGGACCAGCAACAACUCGGAUCACAGGCAGCAGCUGCAUCGACUUUAUCGGAUCUCAGGCACCAUAUCCAUCACAAUUCCUCACCCCCGAGAUCCUUCAAGCCCAUCGAGACCCCAUUUCUGGUCGCGCGACGAUCAACUGGAAGUACCUGUGUAUGCAACGCAAGCUGCUGGAAAAGAAUUGGACGCAGGGAGUACAUUUGGCAAGAGAGCUUCCAGGACAUACCGAAGGGAUCUACUGUAUCCAGUUUGACGGCUACAAGGUUAUCAGCGGCAGUCGGGAUACCACCAUCAAGAUCUGGGACAUCAGAUCGGGCGAAUGCGUCAGGACAUAUUCUGGCCAUACUGCCAGCGUCCUGUGUCUCCAGUAUGACGAUACGAGGAUUGUGAGCGGAAGCAGUGACACGUCCAUUCUUGUCUGGGAUCUAGAAACCGGCCAAAUCCUUCAGAGGCUGAAUGGUCAUAUCGACAGUGUGCUGAGCGUGCGGUUCGAGAAGGAUAUUGUGGUCAGCUGCAGUAAGGAUCGGAGUGUCAAGAUUUGGAAGAUCAGCUCAGGACAGCUGCUGAGGACUCUCAGGGGACAUCGUGCUGCUGUCAAUGCGGUCCAGUUCUCACCAGAGUCAGCGGCGCCGUCCCCCUUCCGAGGAAACCCGAGACUCGUGGUAUCUGCCAGCGGCGAUAAGACGAUCAAGGUGUGGUCGUUCGAGACGGGUGAAUGUCUGAGGACGCUGGAGGGUCAUGCCCGAGGUAUCGCUUGCAUCCAGUUUGAGGGCAAUGUUGUUGUCAGCGGGAGCUCGGAUCAGUCGAUCAAGAUCUGGGACCUUUCCACAGGAGCGUGUAUCAACACCUUGGCGGGGCACGAGGGACUCGUACGAACAUUGCAGUUUGCGGGAGGACGGAUCAUCAGCGGAAGUUAUGAUGAGACUAUCAAGAUUUGGGACCAGGCAACUGGCAAUCUUUUGACCGAUUUGGGAGGACGCCAUUCGCACCGGGUGUUCAAGCUACAGUUUGACGACUCCAAGAUUGUGAGCUGUUCACAGGACCAAAAGGUAGCACAAAUCAUCAUUUGGGACUUUGCUGAUGGAGUUGAUACGACCUUCUUGAACUAG